AUGUACGGGGUGGGGCCACCAUUGUAUGGGGAAAGGGAAACGUUGUAUAAGGAGGGGGGUUUAUACAUGCAAUUCGGAAAACAUUUGAAUUUGAAAUUCUCAAUUUGUUGAUGUUUGCUAAGUGUGUCAAGGAUUUUUGACCAGAACUGUAAUAAGAUAGGACUAAUUCAUAUAUAAUUGGGUGAAUGUUCUAUUUAUCUCUGUUACAUCUGUAUUUUAUAUAGUGCAGAAAAUAUCAAGAGCAUUUGAAACGUAUUAAAUCAGGUAAUAUUAUGUUUUAUGUAACAAUUUGUAGCUUAAAGCCACUGUUGUCGGCUGCAAUGGUUAGUACAAUCUGUAAGUUAAUGUUUUUUCCCUUUAGCUUCAAAUCAUAUUCCACCAGCUGAAAAGGAGAAGGUGAGUCAGUAUAAAUGUAUAAACGGUAUAUCUUACAGUGAUCAGCUACGCAAAUGCGUUAAAAACAUAUCGAAGGCGAGUCAGACGAGUGCGAGGUUGUGCAUGCAUGGAUAAUGGAAUUAUAUUAGACUACUCUAUAACAUGCACAUAAUUGUGGUAGAUAAGUUGAAUAAAGUACCAUGAUUUAUUUACUUUCUUGUGUUACAGAUAAUAAAGAAUCGAAAAACUGUUGUUCAAACGUGGAAGAAAAGAAAGCGUAUAGUACGUAUACGAUCGAACAUAAAUUCGUUAUUCGCUUGAUUUUUUGUUCAAUAAUACAAUAUAUUGACUAUUGUAUUUUUAUAUAAUAUAUAAAGUUGUUUUGCCUUGCAUUGCAUAUUUGCAUAUUUUCUUAUCAUCACUCAUCAGACAUCAUAUACCUGAGUGCAUAUCCACACCGGGCGAGCUUGAAAAAUAUGCCCGGCCACGGUGGGAUUCGAACCUACGACCUUUGGAAUACUAGCCCAAUGCUCUUCCAACUGAGCUACGCGGUCAGGACGGUUCGAGUAAGUGAUAUUUCGGAACAGUAUCUAGUUCCUUCAAUACCAAUGUGUUCUAGUAAUAUGAAGUUUUCUGUCAUUGGUGUUGUGUACUCAGGUGUUACUCGAACCGUCCUGACCGCGUAGCUCAGUUGGAAGAGCAUUGGGCUAGUAUUCCAAAGGUCGUAGGUUCGAAUCCCACCGUGGCCGGGCAUAUUUUUCAAGCUCGCCCGGUGUGGAUAUGCACUCAGAGUAACAUCGCAAACUUAUUAUUCACCUGAGUACACAACACCAACACAGAAAACAUCAUAUACCUAUUAUACAUAUAACAUUUAGGCUAAUUAAUUUUUUAAUACAUUAUUAAUCAUUAUUAAUUUUACUAUACAUUAGUCAUUACUCAUUAGAUUGUUUUUGUUUUAUAAUUUGAUUAUGUUUCUUUCUUUCAUUAAGGCAUCAGAUAUGAUGGAUGCUAUUCUUGAAAGUUAUCCCAAAACUAAAAAACAGUUUAUUGUAAGUAUAGACUAUAGUAUAGUGUCCUUUUUCCAGGGAAUGUGGCCACUGUUUUCUCUACCAUUCUAACCAAGGCUUUUAAACGCUUUCACAGUUGCGUUCUUGGAACUUUAGGAGCUAAAGUUUAUGUAAAUUAACAUGAUUUUUAUAUCGUCACACAUGGUAUAGUGAUUUCCUUUGUCUUCUCAUGAAUUAUUAAUUAGUUUUUUAAUAAGACGAGUAAGCACUUUUAAAGCACGAACAUGCAGGAGUGCUUAUCAGAUAUACCGCGUGCUUAAUUGGCGAAGUAAUAGUUUAAAAAUAAACGUUGUUUAAGCUCACGUUUAUGUAAAUUAUCAUCAUUUUUAUGACAUAUAAAAUCACCGACACGGUAGUGAUUUCCUUUGUCUUAUGAAUUAGUAAUGAGUUUUUUUAAGUUAUAGUUACGUUAGAAAACAUAUAUUCCAUAAUAGAGAAUAAUACAUGGGUGCGCGGAAAUACCAGAUUUAUUUCGAGUGUUGAACAUGAUACCUGUAUCUCACGAGUCAGCGCAGCGAACGAGUAAGAUAUCAUGUUCAACACGAGAAAUAAAUCUGGUAUUUCCAAGCACCCACUGCCUCGUACCCAGGCGUCUCUUUGUAAAAAAAACAGUGAUGCGCAUAUGACGAGUUUACAUAAAGUAUUGUAAUGGGGAGAGAUGGCGAAGGGGCUCAUGGGAAGAGUGCACUUGAACUGCGAGACGCCUGGCCACAGAGUAUACUGUAUAUCCUUACUCUGUGGCCUGGCAGUUCUUGGUCGAUUUCUUGCAAGAAAGUCGAUUUCUUGCAAGUUGUGCUAUUUCGUUGUCGUUUACGAUUUUUUGCUACUUGUUUUUGUUGAAUUGACUAAUGUUAAUAUUCUUCUGUCAUCCUGGCGUAAAUUCAUGCUGUUAUUCUUGGUAUAUAUGACAUAUGCCUUAUUUAAAGUCCAUGGAAAUUCCAAUAUUAACAUGUCAACAACCGAAGCGUUGAAGAACUAGACUUGCAGGAACUAGAUUUGUAAGCUAUAACUAUAUAAAGGUACAGACUAUAAAAUUGCACUGUUGUAAUAAAUAUUUCAAACUUUACGGCUGUGAACUUUUAUUUACUUGGGCUUUUGUUUACAGUAUACAUUUAAUAGAAUUUGCCAUUGGCAUUGUGAUCGACUGAUUGAGCUUUCAGCUAAAGAAGUUAUUAAUACAAAAGCAAUUAUAUGACUUUCUAAUCAUUUCUCUGUUACUGUUUUAUGGUAAGCAACUGAUAGCAUUCUAUUAUUCCAUGUAGUACCGAAUGACAUUUUCGAAAUAUUCGCACGGUUAACUUGCCAUGUUAUUUACUCAUAAUUUUUCGCGCAUUUUGCAUGUCAUCGAACAUCUACAAAUGUAUUAUUAUUUGCCAAUGGCGUUCAAUUCAACUCUUCAUCACAAAGUAAGGUUUUACACACAGAGUAUAUGACGAUAUGGUAACUUUUUGUAUUAAAUUCCAUGUUUUCCCGCCAUGACAGUAUACAAGAACUGCCAGGCGCUCCCCAGCACGCACCCUUCCCAACAGCCCCUUCGCGCGUCGGCUGCCUACCCGAAUACUUCAUGUAAGCGCCUGGGUACGAGGCAGAAGCACCCAUGUAUUUUUCUGUUUAUUAUAUAAACAAAAUUCAGUGAAAAACAAUAAAACGUCCGUGGCAAUGCGUUUUACAACAAAUGAUAUUUUCACACGUAAAAAUAUCGUAUUUUUUACGUGUGUUUAAAUACGAUUUUUCUCAGUGGCCAAAAACUCUAUAUAACACUCAUGUUUAUAUAAUAAAUAUAUUUAUUAUAUAGUAGAGAGUGAGGUACUGAAAAUUACACAGUGAGAUAUUUUCCAUAUCUUCACUAGUGAAGAUAUCGAUCACGUGACUUUGAGUAUUUAUACAAUUUUUUGCUUGGGACUAUAAUAAACAGAACAUUACGUUUGCUUGAAGAUAUGACUUUUACCUUCUCGUGUUAAAAACAAUAUUUUACUCACUGCCACUCGUUCGUAAAAUAUUUUUUUUCACCACUCGAAGAUAAAAAAUCAUAUCUUCGCGCCGCCGUGUAAUAUCCUCUAUAUAUAUGCUUGUUCUGAUUUUUUAGGAGGAUGUUGGUAUUGAAACUGAUGAAGAAUACAAUGUUACUGUACCACAAAUAUGUUAA